UUCCCAUCUCAGAGUUUACGUCUCGCAACACUAAGCUUCGAAACACCACCAUAUCGCACGCAACAACACAAUGGCCUCCAAUCAAGGCCAAGCACAAGGCGGGCAGCCGGGACAAAUCGACAUAACAACGCUCCCCAUCCCCCGACUCCAAGAAUUGAAAACCCAACUCGACGCUGAACUCACCCACCUCUCUUCUUCCUUCCAGUCGCUCCGCACCGCACAAUCAAAGUUCCGCGACUGUCUGACUUCAAUAGCUGUCGGCCUGACUACCGCAACUUCCCAAAAGCCCCUUCUGGUGCCCCUCACCUCCUCGCUAUACGUGCCGGGCAAGCUCACAGACCACGAGCAUGUUUUAGUCGACGUGGGGACGGGCUUCUUCGUCGAGAAGGAUUUACCAGGCGCCAAGGACUUUUAUGAGCGGAAGGUCAAGGAUUUGGGCGACAGUUUGAAGGACUUGGAGAGCGUAAUUCAGGGGAAGGCGCAGAAUGUUAGGGUCGUGGAGGAGGUCAUGAGGGUCAAGGUCAUGAACCAGCAGGAGAGCAAGGGUGAAGGCAAAGAGAGUUGAGCAAUGAUGGAGUAGUGAGGACGCACAAUUCACACCAUGCUGAGAGGGCAGAAGACACUUAGAGAUUGGGCACAGAGAAACCGCUGGCGCUUCGCGAAGAAAAAUCGGACGUGAAGAAUGCUAAAGAGACGGUGCUUGCAGGAAGUUUCACCAGUGAGAACAUGUCAAUCAAGAUCAAAAGGCACGAAAGAUCUACAGAGAUACUUUUAGAAAGAGAUACAAUUCAUAUCGGGACCAUGACUAUGCAUGCCAGUACCGGUCGAGGAUGCCCUAAGUGAAACCACGAUCGCUGGACAAGCUCAAUUUUCCAAGUCUAGUAGGAUUCAUCGUCAUUGAUCGGUUUACGGCAGUAGCAUUGCAAUGCUAAUCCCCUAUGAUGUACCUGAGAAUCGAAUUCCAGCUACAUGCUUUCAGAUGAAGCCAUACCAGCUAAAGUUCAUGGU